CGUGGUCGACGAUGUAAACGUCGGUGAACUUGCUCAAACACAAGCUUAUUUGUAUCUUUAUUUUUGUUUCAACUUUAAUUCUAAAAUGAAAUUUGCUUACAAGUUCAACAAUUUACUAGGUUCUGUCUAUCAUGAAGGAAAUCUGCUUUUUACCCCUGAUGCGAUGUCAGUCAUCAGUCCUGUGGGUAAUAGAAUUUCAAUUUUUGAUCUUAAAAAUAAUAAAUCAGUCACAUUACCCAUAGAAAGUAGGUUUAAUUAUAAUGCUAUGGAUUUAUCACCAAAUGGCUACAUAUUGAUUGCUAUCAACGAAGAGGGUGAUGCUCAUGUCAUAAGUAUGAUCAGCAAAACAGUAAUCCACAAGCACAGGUUUAAAAGAAGAGUGCAGUGUGUGAAGUUUUCUCCCGAUGGAAAACAUUUUGCAGUUUGUAAAGAGAACAAUGUUUUUGUUUUUACUGCACCUGGAUUAUUAACUGGGGAGUACAAUCCAUUUGUUAUGGAAAGAGUUUUUCAUGAUGCUACAAAUGAUGUAACAUGCAUGGAAUGGUCAUUUGAUUCUAGAUUAUUACUUGUUGGCUCCAAAGACAACUCUACAAGAAUGUACAGUCUUGACAAAUGGAUGAAUUUCAGAAAGUAUAUAUUUGGGAGUCAUUCUGAUUCUAUAGUUGGAUGCUUUUUUGAAAAAAAGAAUUAUGAUGUUUCUACAAUUAGCAAGAAUGGACACCUCUGUAUAUGGGAAUGUACAAUAGAGCCGGAUGAUCUUGAACUUUACAUACCUGAUGAGAAAAAAGUGAAGAUUGAGAGUGACAGCGAAGAUGAUAUUGAUGUAAAUAAAAUUCUAGAGCAAACAGAUAAGGAAAAGAAAAACAGUGAAAAAACCUUAAUGGAUGAAGCUGACCAAUUAGAACCAGAAGAAGGGAGAAUGACCAGAAGUAAAGAUAAAAAGAAUAAAAAAUCAAAUAACCAUGUCAAAAAGUUAGCAUACAAAAGAUUAGGAAAGCAUUACUUGGCUGAUGAAGUUCGUAAAGGUGACAAAGAUGCUUUUUUAACUGCAGUAGCUUAUCAUCAGUCAACCCAUAUUUUAGUAGCUGGAUUUAGCAAUGGAUCAUUUUUUUUGUAUGAACUGCCAGAAGUCAACUUGAUUCAUUCUUUAAGCAUGUCAAAUCAACGUAUUUCAUCAAUAUCUCUAAAUGCAUCAGGUGAUUGGAUAGCACUUGGAAGUUCAGAGUUGGGUCAGCUAUUAGUUUGGGAGUGGCAAAGUGAAACUUAUGCUAUGAAACAGCAAGGUCACAGUACCAAUAUGAAUGCCAUCGCAUACAGCCCAGAUGGGCAAUUUAUUGUUACUGGCGGUGAUGAUGGGAAAUUAAAACUUUGGAAUACUACAAGUGGAUUUUGUACAGUAACAUUUCAUGAACAUACAUCCUCAAUUUCCGGAGUACAAUUCAGUAGAAAUCGCAAGUUUAUCGUAUCGUCGUCGCUGGAUGGAACAAUUAGAGCGUAUGAUUUAAUGAGGUACAGAAACUUCAAAACCUUCACGUCACCUAGACCUGUACAGUUUUCAUGUGUUGCCUUGGAUGCGAGUGAUGAAUUUUUGGCUGCUGGUGGACAAGACGUUUUCGAGAUCUUCUUAUGGAGUGUAAAAUUAGGAACAUUAUUAGAGAUAAUGAGUGGGCAUGAAGGUCCAGUCAUGAGUAUAGCCUUUAAUCCUAGUUCAGCUAGUACAGAAUUAGCAUCGGUGUCUUGGGAUAACACAUUAAAAAUUUGGAAUGCUAUUGAGAAUGGAUCAAUUCACGAAACGAUAGAACUCACUGCAGAUGGUCUUUUUGUAACUUAUAAACCAAAUGGCGAAGAAGUUGCAGUGGCGACUUUGGAUGGACAAAUCUCUUUCUUCGAUGUCAAAACUGCAACUCAAUUAAGUUCAAUUGAAGGAAGAAAUGACUUAGGUAGUGGAAGACUGGAAACUGAUCUUAUAACUGCUAAGAAGAGUUUAGAGGGAAAAGCUUUCACAACGCUUUCUUAUUCGGCUGAUGGUAAUUGCAUUCUUGCCGGUGGACAGUCUAAAAAUGUUUGUAUUUACAACAUUAAAGAAUCAAUCUUAUUGAAGAAAUUUGAAAUUACGCAAAAUCGAUCUUUAGAUGCUGUUAAUGAUUUUAUAAACAGACGCAAGUUGACGGAAUUCGGAAAUUUAGGUUUAGUUGAAGAGCGAGAUGAGGGUGAAGGAGGAAACGUAGCAUUACGUUUACCUGGUGCUAGAAAAGGGGAUAUGGCAAGCAGAAGUAUAAAACCAGAAAUUCGAGUGUACAGCUUACAAUUUUCACCGACAGGUCAAGCGUGGUCUGCCGCUACAACCGAAGGUCUGUUGAUUUACUCUCUGGACGUCGGAUUAGUGUUUGAUCCAUUUGAGCUUGAAAUUGGAAUAACCCCAAUGACCGUCAAACAAACUUUAAAGAAAGGCGAAUAUGCGACAGCAAUCAUGAUGGCUCUCAAACUGAAUGAAAUGGCACUAGUACGCGAAGCUGUAGAAAGCGUGCCUCGUUCCGAUAUUUCAUUAACUGUAAUGAGUAUACCUGGAAUGUACGUCGAAAGGCUCUUAAAAUUUGUAGCAGCUGAGCUGGAAUCUUCUUGUCACAUACAUUUUUAUCUAUCAUGGAUAGAAGCUAUUAUAACCGUUCAUGGGCCGAAAGGAGAAAUAAUAGUACAAAUGCCAACACUUUUACUGAUGCAAAAGAAUAUGCAGAAGAAAAUCGAUGAAUUGAGUAAAGCAUGCGACUACAAUAAAUACACAAUAAGUUAUCUGAAAAGACUAAGCCUCCUGAAAAGGAGAAAGAAAGCAAUACAAAAUCCAGAAAUGGCCAGUGACAGCGAGAACAAUGUAGAGCAGAUGGAUAUAGAAUAGGGAUCUUUUUA